AUGAUCCUCAAGUACAUCUGCAGUUUUCUCCUUCUUCUAACAGGAGUAUCUGCCAUAAAGGUCCUUUACCCCAGCAUCAAUGAUGUGGCGACCCUCAUGUGUGAAUGCCCAGACAGCAAGUGUAAUAGGGUCUUCUGGUACAAUGUAAAGAGCAACAACAAUCCGGAGUUCAUUCUGUCCUACAACAUUGCGAAUAGCAAAAAGUAUGGUGAUAAGAUUAACCAAACCCGCUUCAAUCCCUCUUACUCCGGAUCAGCUAAAGCUGUAUUCACACUGCGCAUCACUAACGUACAGGAGGAAGAUGCAGGACUCUACUCCUGCCUGCUUAGCAGUGAGGAUUCUGCACAGGACCCUAAAAAGCUGAUGCCAGCAGGAUACUACCUGAGACCCGGAGUUGAGCCACCUACUGAGGCUCCUCCAAAAGUCAAACCUGUCACCAAACCAAAGUUGGUUAAGCCUGUUUGCAAGUCCAAGUCUCCAACAGGCUGCAAGGCCCUUGUGCUUUGGACAGGCGUUGGUGUUCUUCUGGUUCUGGUUGUGGUUCUUAUUUCAACACUGUAUUACUUUAGCAGACUCCCGAGAAAGUGCCGACAUCGCUUUGCUAAGUAA